AACCGAGGGUCUACGCAAGCUACAGUUGCACCAGCAGGGUCUUGCCCCAGACGAGGACUGCCUAAGUGAUAUCUUCUUUGUGAAAGACUGCCCACCGAACGAACCUGAAGAACAGGCAGAGGAAACAGAAGAAACUGUGAAAAACACAAAUGUGACCCCAGCUGAGGAGAGACUCACAAAUGAAAAAGACAGCAGUGAGGGAAAGACACCAAAAGAUGCAGGAUCUGUAUCAAACACCCCUGAAAAGGAGCCGGCCUUGAAUUCUGCUGCAGGAAAGAGACAAAUACUGCAAAGUAAAGAGGAGGAUGGUCCAAAUAAGAGAUACAGAACUACUGAUGAGAAUAGCUUUAGCCAAGAGCAGUGCUACCAGUGUCCCUAUUGUAACUACAACAGUAAGGACCCAAAUAGGAUCCAGAUGCACAUUCUCUCCCAGCAUUCUGUACAGCCUGUGAUUUCCUGUCCCCUCUGCCAGGAUGUGCUCAGCAACAAAAUGCAUCUUCAGCUGCAUCUGACUCAUCUGCACAGUGUAUCUCCUGAGUGUGUGGAAAAGCUACUCAUGACGAUUUCUGUGCCAGAAGUGAUGAUGCCCAAUAAUAUUUUAGCAUCAUCAGCUCCAUCUGAGAAAUUAGAUCUUGAUCCAUCUGCAUUUGUUGGUGCUGACACAUCUGGAAAACCAACAGGUGAAAGUCCAAUGGAGGAGAAAAACACCCCAGGAGUAGAUGAUGUAAAGGCUGGAAUAGAAAUUAAAACUGAAGAGCAAACUGUGCCCAAAGAAUCAGCAGAUACAACCGAAUGGAGUAAAAAUGGCAACAAAGACUUAAAGGUUGGCGACUCACUGCCAGAACCACUAAGCGAGCAGCAGAAGAGGCAGCAGCUGUCUGUUUCUGACCGCCAUGUUUAUAAAUAUCGCUGUACCCAUUGCAGUUUGGCUUUUAAGACUAUGCAGAAGCUUCAGAUACAUUCCCAGUAUCAUGCUAUCAGGGCUGCUACUAUGUGCAGCCUCUGCCAACGCAGCUUCCGUACAUUCCUGGCAUUAAAGAAACAUUUAGAAACGGGACACCCUGAGCUAAGUGAGGCUGAACUGCAGCAGUUGUGUGCAUCCUUACCUGUAAAUGGGGAGCUCUGGACUGAAGGUGAAAGUAUAAUUCCAGAGGAGCACUCCCUAGAGCAGGACAAUGAAAGGGAAUAUGAAAUGGACCAUGAAGGAAAGGCUAGUCCCGUGGGAAGUGAUAGCAGUUCUAUUCCAGAUGACUUGGGCUCAGAACCAAAGCGGACUUUGCCUUUUAGAAAAGGGCCAAAUUUUACUAUGGAAAAGUUUCUAGACCCAUCUCGCCCAUAUAAAUGUACAGUAUGUAAAGAGUCAUUCACGCAGAAGAAUAUACUUUUGGUUCAUUAUAAUUCAGUGUCUCAUUUACAUAAACUUAAAAAAGUUUUACAAGAAGCAUCAAGUCCUGUUCCACAAGAGACCAACAGCAGCACUGAUAAUAAACCAUUCAAGUGCAGCAUUUGCAAUGUUGCUUAUAGCCAAAGUUCUACAUUGGAAAUUCAUAUGCGGUCUGUUCUUCACCAAACAAAGGCAAGGGCUGCAAAACUAGAACCAAGCACUAAUAACAGUGGGAGUAAUACAGCAGGGAAUAUAAGCAGCCCAAGCCAAGGGAUUUUAGAUCCUGUGAAUUUGCCUACUGUUAAUAACAAAGAAAUACAUGCAGAUGCCAAAGAAAUUAACAAGAAACAAGCUUCAGAGGUAAUGCCUACCCUACCUUCUCAUCACCCAACCCAGUCACCAGCACAGCUUCAGAUGCAAUUACAACAUGAACUUCAACAACAAGCUGCAUUUUUCCAGCCCCAGUUUUUAAAUCCAGCAUUUCUGCCGCACUUUCCUAUGACCCCUGAAGCACUGGUUCAGUUUCAGCAGCCACAGUUUCUUUUUCCAUUUUAUAUACCUGGAACAGAAUUCAGCCUCAAUCCAGAUAUGGGACUAUCUGCUUCAGCUGCAUUUGGAAUGCCAGGCAUGGCAGGCAUGACAGGAUCACUGCUUGAAGAUCUGAAACUACAGAUACAAACACAACAUCAAGUAGGACAAACCCAACUACAGCUCUUGCAACAGCAAGCACAGCAGUAUCAAGCUGCGCAGUCCCAGCAUCAACCACAAAAGCAACAGCAUGCCAGUAGAAUAUUAAAACAUGAACAAAACAGCAUUACAAACGCUGAAAGUCAAAUAACUAGAGAACCACAGUGUUAUAAGGACACUGAAAAUGCAGCUGAAAAACAAGAAAAACCAAAGCAAGAAUUAACAAUUGAAAAUGAUGCAGCAAAAGACAAUAAAGAUAUUAAGAAACAAAAAGGUUCAGAAUCAACAAUUCCACCUCCUCGUAUUGCUUCUGGUGCCAGGGGUAAUGCAGCAAAAGCAUUGUUAGAAAAUUUUGGAUUUGAGUUGAUCAUCCAGUAUAAUGAAAACAGACAAAAAGUACAGAAGAAAAGCAAACUUGGUGAUGGUGAAAAUAAUGAGAAAUUAGAGUGCGGAGCAUGCAAUAAGUUAUUUUCCAAUAUUCUGAUUUUGAAGAGUCACCAGGAGCAUGUUCAUGGACAGUUUUUUCCCUAUGGUGAAUUGGAAAAAUUUGCCCGGCAGUAUAGAGAGGCAUAUGAUAAACUUUAUCCAAUUGCACCUUCUUCUCCAGAAACUCCUCCUCCUCCUCCACCACCACCUCCCCCUCCACCGCCUCCUACUUCUCUACCUGCACAAGCCCUACCUCCUCUUACUGCUUCUGUGCCAAUGAAAAUUCCAAGCUCAACUCCAAGUCCUUUGCAAGCUCCACCACCAACUCCACCUCCUCCUCCACCACCUCCACCACCUCCUCCCCCUUCAGCUCCUCCUCAAGUACAGUUGCCUGUUUCCCUAGACCUUCCUCUCUUUCCUCCAAUUAUGAUGCAAUCUGUCCAGCAUCCUGCUUUACCCCCACAACUUGCACUUCAGUUACCGCCAAUGGAUGCUUUGUCAGCAGAUCUUACUCAAAUGUGUCAGCAGCAGCUGGGAUUAGAUCCCAAUUUUUUGCGUCACUCACAGUUUAAGCGUCCAAGAACAAGAAUUACAGAUGACCAACUGAAGAUACUGCGUACCUAUUUUGACAUCAACAAUUCUCCAAAUGAAGAUCAAAUACAAGAAAUGGCUGAUAAAUCUGGUCUAUCUCUGAAAGUUAUUAAACACUGGUUUCGUAAUACACUGUUUAAGGAGCGGCAAAGAAAUAAAGACUCACCAUAUAAUUUUAAUAAUCCUCCUAUAACAGUACUAGAAGAUGUGAGAAUUGAACCACAACCGCCUACUUUAGAUAUCCAUAGGUCAGAUUCAGCCUUCAGUAGGAGGUCAUCGAGAACAAGAUUUACUGAUUAUCAGUUGAGAGUUUUACAAGAUUUUUUUGAUACAAAUGCAUACCCAAAAGACGAUGAAAUUGAGCAGCUCUCUACAGUACUAAACUUAGCCACUCGUGUCAUUGUUGUUUGGUUCCAAAAUGCACGCCAAAAAGCCAGGAAAACUUAUGAAAAUCAGGCUGAUGCUAAGGACAGUGAAAAGAGAGAACUUACUAAUGAACGUUAUAUUCGUACUAGUAACAUGCAGUAUCAAUGUAAGAAAUGUAGUGUAGUGUUUCCUAGAAUAUUUGACUUGAUUACUCAUCAGAAAAAAAUAUGCUAUAAAGAUGAAGAUGAUGAUAUUCAAGAAGAUAGCCAAAAUGAGGAUUCUUUAGAUGCAACUGACCAAAUUAUGCCAAAGACUUAUUUAAGUUUUGGUCAAGCUGAUACUCCAAAAGCUGCACCCACGGCUAGCUCUGGCUCUGGAUCCAGUACACCAUUAAUCCCAUCACCAAGACCAGAAAUAGAUAAGAUUUCACCUAAACCUGAUAUACCAUCAGAAAAACCAAAGCAAAUUGAUGCUAUCGCAAGCUCUUUAGCAUCCAAAUUAACACAGUCAGCUUCUGCUGCCUCUUCUGAUAUACAGCCAUCACCAUCUCAACAAAGACCACCUCAGCAAAUUGGAAGGCCCUCAUCUGCAUCACAAACUACUUCUGUUCCAUCUAGCCCAUUACCAAUAUCUAUUACAUCCCUGCAGAAUAGCCUACCUCCUCAACUAUUACAGUACCAAUGUGAUCAGUGUACAAUUGCUUUUCCAACACUAGAACUAUGGCAAGAGCACCAGCAUAUGCAUUUCUUGGCUGCCCAAAACCAAUUUAUCCACACACAGUUUUUAGAAAGGCCAAUUGACAUGCCAUAUAUGAUUUUUGAUCCUAACAAUCCUCUUAUGGCAGGACAGUUACUUGGUGGUUCAGUGGCACAUAUGCCAACACAAACAGGGAUGUCGCAUGCUAACACUUCUAUUUCUCUUAAAAGAAAGUUGGACGAAAAAGAUGAAAAUAACUGUAGUGAAAAAGAAGGGGGAAACAGUGGAGAAGAUCAACAUCGAGAUAAAAGAUUAAGGACAACUAUAACUCCUGAGCAACUAGAAAUAUUGUAUGAAAAAUAUUUGCUGGAUUCAAACCCAACAAGAAAAAUGCUUGAUCAUAUUGCUCGUGAAGUAGGCCUGAAAAAGAGAGUGGUACAAGUAUGGUUUCAAAACACAAGAGCCAGAGAGAGAAAAGGUCAGUUCCGAGCUUUAGGUCCAGCUCAGUCACAUAAAAGAUGCCCCUUUUGCAGAGCACUGUUUAAAGCAAAAUCUGCUUUAGAAAGUCAUAUUCGGUCUCGCCAUUGGAAUGAAGGAAAACAAGCUGGUUACAGCUUACCUCCAAGUCCUCUUAUCUCAAUGGAGGAUGGUGGUGAAAGCCCAAAUAAAUACACCUAUUUUGAUUACGUCUCAAUUCCAAAACUUGAUCCCUCAAGUGAAAAUGAUUUACCAUCCACUGUUUCUACUCCAGUCAGUAAGACUGCAGAGUUAUCUCCUAAAAAUCUUUUGAGCCCUUCCUCUUUUAGGGCUGAGUGCAGUGAUGAUAUAGACAAUAUAAAUGCACCCCCUGCAGAUACUGGGUUUGACCAAAGUAAAAAUGACUUUGAUGAAACAUCUUCGAUUAAUACAGCAAUUAGCGAUGCCACAACAGGAGAUGAAGGAAACAAUGAUAUGGAUAGCACCUCUGUUUGUUCAAGAGAUGUUAAAACUUCCAAAGAACCUAAAAACCAUGUAAAUGAUUGCUUGCCAAAAAGGGGAACUACUCCACCAAUGGACCAUUGUGAUGAAAAGUUUUGUUUCUCUUUAACAAACACAUCACAUAAUAACAUGGACAGAGAAAGUGACCAAGACCAAAGUGUUUAUAUGACUGAUGAAUUUGAGGACAAUGCUGACCGUAGUGAAACAUCAAGCAUAGCUGAUCCAGAUCCAAGCUCACCAAACUCUUUUGGGAGUACCAAUCUUUUUAAAGUCAAAAGCAGUGAUCGUCUUGGUCAUAAGCGCUUCAGGACUCAAAUGAGUAACCUUCAGCUUAAGGUUUUAAAAGCUUGCUUUUGUGACUAUCGUACUCCAACAAUGCAAGAAUGUGAAAUCCUGGGCAAUGAAAUUGGCCUUCCCAAACGAGUUGUCCAAGUUUGGUUUCAAAAUGCAAGAGCAAAGGAAAAGAAAUUCAAAAUAAAUAUUGGUAAACCAUUUAUGAUUAACCAAACUGGUCCAGAUGGAACUAAAGCAGAGUGUUCUCUUUGUGGGGUAAAAUAUUCAGCACGUGUGUCUAUUCGAGAUCAUAUAUUUUCUAAACAACACAUUUUCAAGGUGAGAGAAGCAGUUGGAAGUCAGCUUGAUCGAGAAAAAGAUUAUUUAGCUCCUACGACUGUACGACAGCUAAUGGCACAACAAGAAUUGGAUCGUAUUAAAAAGGCCACGGAUGUAUUAGGUUUACAACAACCAAAUAUGAUGGAGAGUAGUUCUCUUCACAGUCUCAAUCUGCCAGCAUCUUAUCAAGGGCUACCUGGCCUUCCUCCAGUACUUCUACCUGGGAUGAACAGCCCAUCACCUUUGUCUGGGUUUACACAGAGUUCAAGUGCUCUACCAUCUCCUGGUGCAGGCAUGCUUGGGUUCCCUUCUUCAGCUACUUCGUCUCCUGCCCUGUCUCUCAACAGUGCACCCACCAAAUCUUUGCUGCAGACUCCCCCACCACCACAUUCUCUUUCCCAAACUUCUUCAUCUUCUUCAUCAGGAAAGCAGACCGAGCAACAGAACAAAGACCUGGAGAAAAACAAUAAACCACAAAAAUACAAAAAGGUCAAAGAGGAAGAACACAAUGCUUCCAAAUCUGAAACCAAACAAUCUAAAAGAGAGGAAAAAAUCUCAUCUGCUCUUUCAAUGCUGGGCAAAGCUGUAGGAGAAAUGCCUGUGGAUCCAGCUCAACUGCAAGCACUUCAAAAUGCUGUUUCAGGUGAUCCAGCUUCUUUUAUUGGUGGGCAGUUCUUGCCAUAUUUUAUUCCUGGUUUUGCUUCCUAUUUUACACCCCAGCUUCAUGGAACUGUGCAGGGUGGUUAUCUCCCUCCAAUAUGCGGAAUGGAGAGCCUAUUUCCAUAUGGUCCGGCAGUGCCUCAAGCUAUUGCUGGCCUGUCUCCUGGUGCAUUGUUACAACAGUACCAACAAUAUCAGCAGAACUUACAGGAUUCAUUACAAAAGCAACAUAAACAACAACAACAACAACAAAAACAGGCACAAGCAAAUUCACCUAAUAUAGAAAAUGAACAGCAACACAAAUCAAGUGAAGAGUCAGAAAAGAAGGAUGAAAAGAGUCCUGCCACAGAAAGCACAAAAGAAGAACCCCAGACACAUCCAAAAAGUGGAGACCUUUCAGACAAUGUCAUUGUUCCAUUUGUCAAGCAUGAGUUUAUAUGCAGAAAGUGCCAGAUGAUGUUUACUGAUGAAGAGGCAGCAGUAAACCAUCAAAAGUCCUUCUGUUACUUUGGUCAGGCAUUGUUUGACCCACAAGAAACAGUGCUCCGUGUCCCAGUCAGCAAACAUCAGUGUCUUUCCUGUGAUGUGGCUAUCAGUGGAAAUGAAGCACUUAGCCAACACCUUCAGUCAAGCUUGCACAAAGAGAAAACAAUCAAACAAGCAAUGAGAAAUGCCAAAGAGCAUGUUAGAUUAUUACCUCACUCAGUCUGCUCCCCUAGUCCUAACACCACAUCUACCUCGCAGUCUGCAGCUUCUACUAAUAACACCUAUCCUCAUCUUUCUCGCUUCUCCAUGAAGUCCUGGCCUAAUAUUCUGUUUCAAGCAUCAGCCAGGAAAGCUGCUUCUUCCCCUUCUUCUCCUCCCUCCCUCUCCUUGCCUUCAACGGUUACCUCAAGUUUGUGCAGCACCUCAGGGGUUCAGAUCUCACUACCCACAGAAAGUUGUUCAGAUGAGUCUGACAGUGAGCUGAGCCAGAAGCUGGAGGACUUAGAUAAUUCAUUGGAAGUGAAAGCAAAACCUGCUUCUGGCCUAGACGGUAAUUUCAGUAGUAUCAGAGUGGAUAUGUUCAGUGUGUAGGGGUGAAGACAGGAUCCCUUGUU